AAAAAAAUUGUUAGAGAAAUCGUUGUAAACCUGGCGUCUCUGAAAGAGUGUUUGUUAUUUAUUAAUUUAAAAAGAAUUAACUUUUAGGAAAAGGCAUGUAUGCCUUGGCUGAGAAAGUUCUUGACCCAUCAGUGCCGUUAAAGGAUAAACGGACAUACUUGGUUUCGUUGUUAUAUUAUAAACAUUUACCCGCGGAACCAGAGGAAAAUAUAAAGAUAAUUGAAGAAUUGCUUUCAUCUCCAGAAACAAGGCGAGAUGGUCUACUUUUUCUCAGAACAUCUCUUGAAAGGCAUGAAAAGCUUAAUGAAGAAAGCAUGGGAUUACGAGUGUGUGAGAUUUUAAAGGAAUCUGAUGAUUACAAUGUGAAGGAAUUGUCAUACAAGUAUUUUAACUGUGAUUGUUGAGCGUCUAUUCAAGUCUUCUCAACCUUCAGAUUCAGCUAAUGACUUUUUAUCAAUGCUUAUUCCUGUUUUAAUGACUAAAAUUAGUGAAAAUGAGUGGGCAUUAGGUGCAAUUCAAUGUUUAGCUGUAUGUUUGAAAGAAAUUCAUUUGAUUCCUCCUUCACUUAAAAAUGAAUUUGAGGAUUUUUUAUUGGAGCAAAUUGAUUGUGUAUCCACAGACAACAUUGAGGCUAUUGCUGAUUGUUAUGUUGCAUUUAUGCACUGUAUUGCGAAAGGCAGUCCAAAAUUGUAUAAAGAAGAGUGGUUGAUCCACUAUAAAAAAAUGCUUACAACUAUGCAACAAAUACUAAAUAAUUUUGUCCUCUUUAUUACGAGUGAUCAAAUGAGGAAGGUACCUCUAGAUGAAAACUUGAUAUUACCUAUGCCACCAUUAUCAGAUGAUGUGUAUAUUUCACGUUUAAGUGAGGCACGGCGAUUUGUAAACUUAUGUAAAUGCCUGGCCAAAAUGAUCAGCUCUUCUCCUGAACACCCAGUUCAUGUACCUGUACUCGAUACACUUAAUUUUGUAUCACGAAUGUUUAAUUUGCAAGAAUUAGUUCAGGGAACAUCCACAUCUGUAGAGGUAGCAGAUGUCAUAGCUCUCUUGCCUAUGAUGCAAGAUGCUGCUUUUGUUCUUUUAGAAGCGUUGAUUUUAAAAUUUGAUUUACGGGAGUGUAUCUACUUUAUAGUAACCCUUCUGGAAACAGCUAUAAAAAGUAGUACUUCGAUUACAAUCUCUGGAUUUGCCACAAGUCGAUUACGAUUCAUGACCUGGAGUAUAUUGCACAAUUUUUUGAAGCGACAUGGUGCUAGGAGUGGUAAUUUUUUUGCUAACAGAGCAGUAAUUAUAGAGGAAUUGCUGAAGGACAUUUCUGUUACAGUUCAAAGAGAGCAAACUAGUAAACCCUACCAGACCAUUCAGCAUCCAGAAAGGAAAAAUUCUAAGAAUUAUAUCAGUGGUAUAUCUUCAUGUAUUGAAGCUCUGAAAGCACUUAGAUAUUUGAUUGCAACAUCAAAAUCAUUUAUACGAAGAAAAAACUUUGAGGAAAUCCUAACUAAUGUAUUAUGCAUUUCAAAAAAAGUACAAGUUUUACAAACUUCACCAGAGUUCCCAUUUCCAUACACUGAUGAAGACUGCCGGAAACAUUUAUUACAACUGCUAAUGACUUUACUUAUCUGUAAAUAUCCCAUUCAGGCUUCAUCUGGAAUGGAAAUAAUUAAAAUUGUAGAUAAUGCUAUUUAUGAUCCAAGUAUUAAG